GAAAACAGUUUUAUGCUAGAGUUUACCUUUUCGCAGUUUGAAAACAAAAGCGAAAAUCGUGAAAAGCAGACCAAAUCCCAUUUGCCCGCAUCUGGUGAGCAUUUGGCAAAUAAUGCCGGCGUCGGCAACAAAAACGAUUUCGAAAUUGGGUUAAUUUUAAAUUUUCCACGCGGGGCGGGGGGCAGGAGGAAAAAUCCAAUCCAAUCCGGCCACUUGCCCUCGCAAAGCGACGAAUGGAAGGCCAAAUCAUUAAAAUUAGAUUACGGAAUCCUUCUCACAUUUCCGCCGGAAAUUGCACUUUGCGUGCGGCAAGCGGCAAGCAGCAAGGACUUGGGAGCAAAAAGGAUCCACAUCUACAUCUACACAUACAACUACAUUUACAUCGGCGAAGUGCAGACCUGGUGACGUCAAUCGCAAUGGCAAUGCGAAUCGUCCAGAGGAAGCGACAGAUUAGUUAAUAAAAUCCCUCUUCCGCCCGCAAAUGACUUAGACAGGAAGUGGAAGGAAAAUGCAAGCCAAGGACCGUCUA